AUGUCUUGCUUUCAUUCGGUGAAGCUCGUGCGCCAGGGAGAUUGGAUCUACGAGGCAGUCAAUGAACGUAUAAACGUAUAUGCGAGUCGGAAUAUUUUAAACGAACGUAAUGUUAAUAUAAUGAGGCAAACGGGGGGGGGAGGGGGAGGGGGAGGAGAAGGUAUAGUAUCUCUCGACCUCGAUUCCGCUGAAACACCACGUGAUGGAAUAACGUGGAAAGGCACGGGCACACCGGUGCCCGAGAAACUUGAAACUCGCUUCGUGCCGAUAAAGUUGCCAGAUUGAUCGAAUCUAUUCCACGAUCCAUGUUCCGAUCGUUCUGCUAAAUAUUAAUGUAUUGUAAUUCUAACUCGAGAUCCGCAGCGUAAACGUGCGCUCGCCGUGCGAUCUGGAAACUUGAUUCUCUCACGCUCUCGACGUUUUCGUGUUCGAAUUGCAAUCGAGUUGAUAUCGCGAUGAAACGCGGGAUUUUCGUUUGGAAGAUUCAAUUCGUUCGAAAAUCGACUGACAAAGUUCUGUUUGAAUUGCAGCGUGCAGCUUGCGAGGAAAUCGAAAUGGUCGAGCUGUGCGGAACCGGACAACCGACUUCAGCGAUGGGAGUGAUGGGGAUCGGUUCGGUAGUGUCCGCGGCGACGUCGUCCUCGUCCUCGUCGACGACGACCACGGCAGCCUCGUCGUCCGCGUCCGGGCGUGCCGGCGUCUUAGAAACGCAAGUUCGUGGCCAGUGGUAUCGCGUGUUCGUCUCGUUGGAGGACGAUUAUCUGAGCAUCUCGUUGGACGAGAGCUGCGAGACCAGCAACAACGCCCUGAACAACGGUAACAUAAACAACAACAACGUGGACAGCCUGAACGAUCCGGACGUGCCGGACUCGGUGGCCAAUCAGAAACGUAUCGUGCGCGUGGUGAAAAGCGACAACAACGGCCUCGGCAUCUCGAUCAAGGGUGGCAAAGAGAACAAAAUGCCGAUCCUCAUCUCGAAGAUCUUCAAGGGGAUGGCCGCGGACGCGACGGAGCAGCUGUACGUGGGCGACGCUAUUCUGGCUGUAAACGGGGAGGAUCUGCGCGAGGCGACCCACGACGAAGCGGUGAAGGCGCUCAAGAGGGCUGGCAAGGUCGUCGAGCUGGAAGGUGAGUGA